GCUCCCCUCCCUCAGCCCCCUCGCCUCGCCAUGCCAGCCAUACGCGGACAGGACUCCAAGAAGAAGACGCGCCGCUACACGCGCGACCUGGACCAGAUCCACGCCGACCUGCGCGACGACAAGCAUCUGGCCGCCUUCAAGAAUGAAAAGCCCAUAGAGGACCUGCCCGGCCUGGGCCAGCACUACUGCAAGGAAUGCGCAAAGUUUUUUGAGAGCGACGCCAACCUCGCCGCCCACCAGAAGGGCAAGGUCCACAAGCGGAGAGUGAAGCAAUUGCGCGAGGAGCCGUAUUCGCAGAAAGAAGCAGAGGCUGCCAUAGGCCUCACCACCAACAACGGAACCCGCACCACCAUACCCGCAGCGCCCAUGGAGGUGGAUCAGCUUGCAGCGUCCGGCUGAGCAAGUCGCAUGGCCUGACAUCAUGCGCAUGGUUUUGACGGGAGAGAAGCGUAUCUGAGGAAAUAGAGCAAUGGCUGGAAUAUGCCUUUAGCUGGAACAACGCAUUAGGAUAGAAGAGAGACAUGCAUUGCACGGCGUUCAAAAUGGAAAUCGACACAGGGAGGGUGUCAAAAGUUAUACGAUACCCAAAUUUCAAUCAUACUCAGUCCCGCAGCCAUCUGUGGUUUUGUGCGGUCUUUGUAAAUCUCAAUCUGAAUUUCCAAAGCUUGCAAAUGCAAGAUUGCAUAC